AUGCAGAAAAAAAAGCAUGCAAGCAAGAAACGGAAGCAGGACAGUAUAAGCACAUAUUUUCUCGGACAGGGAUAUGAUGGCGCGAGAGCGGUUAGCGGAGAAUUCCAUGGAGCCCAAGCUGUUGUCAGAGAGCGUUAUCCACUCGCGCUCUACUCCCAUUGUGCGGCUCACAGCUUUAAUUUGGCAGUCAGCUCUGCAUGCAAUAUAACAGCAAUCAGAAAUUGUUUGGGCACCCUCGAAAGCAUUCAUACUUUCUUCAUCUAUCCGAAACGCCAAAAUGCUCUUCAAGAUGCGAUCAAUGAAGAUGAGACGCUACGUGAAAGUCGGUUGAAGAAAUUGAAAAAAUUUUGCAAAACCAGAUGGGUAGAGCAACACGAGUCUGUCGCAACUUAUCUGCACUUACAACCAGCAGUAAUUCGCGCUCUUGAUGUGAUUUCGACCACCUGGAAGGAUCCGACGACUUCAUCUGGAGCUUUCCAACUUCUUUCAGCAAUAAAAACUGCAAAUUUCCAGAUCUCCAUGCAUAUUUUGAGCUCAGUACAUUCUUUGACUUUGUCUCUCAGUCGAGUACUUCAGUCCGAAAACCAGGAUCUUGGCGAGGCUAUCGAACUGGCUGAUGCUGCGAAACAAGUCCUGCUUGAAAGAAGAGAAAACGCCGAAAAGGACUUCAGAGGAAUUUUCAAAACCGUGAGCGAAAUCAGCGCAAAAUACGACAUCGAACUGCGGAAACCAAGGCUCGCGUCAAAACAGACUCAACGCUCCAACGUACAAACUGAUUCAGUUCAAGAUUAUUUUCGCAUAACGAUUUACAUCCCAUACAUUGAUUUGUUUCUGACCCAUAUACAAGAUCGAUUUUUGAAUCACCGCAAAAUUUUAUCAAACUUUGCUUGCCUCUUCCCCAACAAAAUGAAGAAUUUCAAUGAAGAAUCCUGCGCUCAACUGUUUGAACCAUACUCUUCAAUUUUGCGGGAUGAUUCCCGUGACAUCUGGGUAGACGAAGUCAAACUUUGGCGUCAACGCAUCGCCGGAAAGAACGUUAAAAAUUCGCUUGAAGCACUCGAUGUGUGCAAUGGAGAUGCGUUUCCAAAUGUACAUCAAAUGCUUCGCAUUUUGGCAGUUCUGUCUGUAACGACAGCAACGAAUGAACGCUCCUUUUCAACAUUGCGUCGCCUCAAGACUUACCUCAGGUCAACAAUGUCUGAAGAUCGGCUGAACGGAUUAGCUUCGCUCAAUAUACAUCGCGAUGUCGAGGUCGAUCCGCAAAGAGUUUUGGAGAAGUUUUUUUCUAUACCUCGCAGAGUUAAUUUAUUAUAUAAUAACUGAAUAUCAAGUCAAGACCAAGACACAAUAAAAUGUCUUCAUUUAUAAGAAAAGUUUCUUAUUAUUUUUUAUUAACUUCAUAACCUAACAUGAUACACAUAUGUCAA